CGAUAUUUGCGACCCGAGGUCAAAGUUGACAUUGGCCAUGUGUGGAUGUUGCAGGACUGUUGGCCACAGCUACAGAUUGCACCUUAAUUGUAAUUAUUUACGGACGUAGUCAUCGAAACUCUGGUUGAUCAACUCAUUUAUGUUUUUAGGAGGUUUGUAUAUGUCGUUAACGGGUGAUUAAAGUCAUCUUUUGUCCCGCGUUAGUUUCCGUAGCAUGCAUGUUGUAGCUGCACAAACUUCUGAGGAUGGGACAUGUUUAAAAUCCGACCACUGCUCAGUGCCUUGAUUAACCAGAGACUGACGUUAGAGAGAAACGGUGGCUUGUAUAACUUCCUUUGCAUGAUGAGUGAAGCAUCCAGAGACGAGCAGACGGCCAAGCCCCUGAAAAGAUCCAACGAGGAAAAUGAAGACAGUGCAGAGAGGGCACAGGAUGCAAAGAGGAUAAAAGCAGAGGGCGAACAGGCUGAAGAUGAAAAGAAAUACCCCAAAAAGAAAGUGGCCCUCCUCCUGGCUUACUCUGGGAAGGGAUAUUAUGGCAUGCAGAGAAAUCCUGGAACCACCCAGUUUCGGACCAUUGAAGAUGAUCUGGUCACUGCGCUUAUUAAAUCUGGAUGCAUUCCUGAGAACCACGGCGAUGAAAUGAAGAAGAUGUCUUUCCAAAGAUGUGCCAGAACAGAUAAGGGUGUGUCUGCGGCUGGUCAAGUGGUGUCUCUAAAGGUGCGGUUGAUUGAAGACAUCGUUGAAAAAAUCAAUGGACAUCUGCCGCCUCAGAUCAAAGUGCUCGGUCUUAAACGGGUGACCCAGAGUUUCAAUUCCAAAAACAACUGCGAUGCUCGUACGUACUCUUAUAUGCUUCCAACAGUGGCCUUUUCCCCAAAAGACUAUGACACUGGGAAUAUAGCAGCCUUUCGCCUUGAGCCAGAGACACUUCAGAGGGCGAACCGUCUGUUUGCUCUAUACAAAGGCACCCAUAACUUCCACAACUUUACCUCUCAGAAGGCUCCAAGCGACCCCAGUGCCCGCCGCUACAUCACGGAGAUGUCUUGCGGAGAGCCUUUCAUCAACAACGAUACCGAGUUUGCGGUGAUCACCGUGCGAGGCCAGAGCUUCAUGAUGCACCAAAUCCGCAAGAUGAUCGGCCUGGUGAUUGCUGUGAUAAAGGGAUAUGCGAAGGAGGACGUGUUGGAGAGGAGCUGGGGACAGGAGAAGGUAGACGUGCCCAAAGCUCCGGGACUGGGGUUGGUCCUGGAGAGGGUUCAUUUUGACCGAUACAACAAACGUUUCGGAGGGGACGGGCUGCAUGAGCGGCUGGAAUGGGAACGCGAGGGGGAGGCGAUCAGGGCCUUUAAGGAGGCUCACAUCUACCCCACCAUUGUUGAGACGGAAUGUCAGGAGGGCUCCAUGGUCAGCUGGAUGUCCACGCUUCCUGUCCAUGACUUUGAAGAGACAGCUACCGUCACACAAGACAAUAAGGACCAGAAACAGGACAACGCAGAUGUAGGAAACGAGGCCGACUAGGUCAUCCUGUGACAUUUUCUCACCAAAUCAUUCUCUCUUGUUGGGAAUCCGCUUUCUAUUUAGUAUAUCUUCCAAGAUUGACAUUUUUUUGUGGAUUUAAAUUCUGCUUCUCUUAUACAAAUGUUAUUAAACAAACAUCAAGAUAAUAAAAGCCUUGCUGUUCUUGAUUGUACCCUGA